GUUGUAUUACAAAUAAGUAUUAUGGUUCUUGAGUGAAACCUACGCACAAUUAGUUUUAUUAACAUUUCGUAUAUCAUCAUGGAAAAUAUUCGUCAGUAUUUGUUGCCCCAGUUUACUUAGUUAUUAAAGAUUUGUGUAGUUAAAUUUGCUACACAAUUUUAUGUUUUUAUUAUCAUGCCACCAACAAAGACGACUUCGUUUAAAGAAUCCAAUUCAAUGUCGCAAGAUCUAUGGUCAUCCAGUUCCGACCCACCAUCAUUUUGUAAAUGCAGUGAAUUGCGUACGAGCCAAUAUGGGAGAGACCCUUUGAACGAAUAUUUAAAAGAGAGAACCUGCAAAGCAAGAUGUUGUCCACCGGGUUCGAAGAAAUGUGCCUCUCGUUCCCUUUCCGACAAGGCCACCUCCAGUGAAGCUACAUGUCCAGAUUUGUUUUGUCGGGAGCGAGUGAAAAUAAUUAAGAAGGAUGCUACAAAAGACGACGAAAAGAACGAGAAUUUGCAAGUUUGUUGUUCGUGUGAUGAACUAUCAGAAGAUGAAAUGGAGGACCUUUUGGUGCAAUGCAGAUGCAAAGACCACUGUCCGGCCAAAAGGGCAAUCCUCGCCGGGGAAAGGAAGAAAAUUUACAAAUUUCGCACUGCUCUGGAGAAUUGGAAACCUGGAAAGGUUAAAAUAUGUUGCCCACUGUGCAAUAAAAUUGGACGGCCAGCAAUAAAACAAACCAAGAAACAGACGUUGAUCGCAAGGAAUAGUUUUAAAGCGUCUGUAUUGAUUGGAUGUUGGCCAAUUUGCAUAGUACCAUUUCUAAUGGCACAGAGUAACAUAUUUCUGUUUUGCCAGUCAUGUAAAGCAUACUUGGGACAAUACGAUAAAACUAAAGGUUGUGUUAAGCCUCCUGCACAAUUAAAGGAACAAAUUGCGAAGAUUAUUAAAAGGGGCACCUAUUAAAUACAUCCCAACAAAACAUUUAUAUAUUAAUUGUAAUUUAAAAGUUCUUAUCUUAUAGCCAAUACCUUUAAUCCUUCAAAAAUAUUGUAGUCUUUCAUAUUAAACAUAAUUGAUAUAUUCCUAA